UUUUGUAUUUGUGUCUACAGGACUCCAGAACAAUGUCCCAGUGUGGUUUCUCUGCUGUCUGAGAGCUACAAUCCCCACGUCCGCUGCGGCGCUGCGAUGGCUCUGGGCAUCUGUUGUGCUGGCACUGGGAACAAGGAAGCAAUCAAUCUCCUGGAGCCCAUGACCAAUGACCCAGUGAAUUACGUCAGACAGGGCGCGCUGAUCGCCUCGGCUUUGAUCAUGAUCCAGCAGACGGAGGUCACCUGUCCAAAGGUGAACCAGUUCCGACAGCUCUACUCAAAGGUGAUCAACGACAAGCACGAUGAUGUGAUGGCCAAAUUUGGGGCCAUCCUGGCUCAGGGCAUCCUGGAUGCAGGUGGUCGUAACAUGACGAUCUCUCUGCAGUCACGCACAGGCCACACCCACAUGCCAUCUGUGGUGGGUCUGUUGGUCUUCACCCAGUUCUGGUUCUGGUUCCCACUCUCUCACUUCCUGUCUCUGGCCUUCACCCCCACAGCUAUCAUCGGCCUCAACAAGGAUCUGAAGAUGCCGAAGGUGCAGUAUCGAUCCAACUGCAAACCCUCCACCUUUGCCUACCCUCCACCUCUGGAAGUGCCAAAGGAGAAGGAAAAAGAGAAGGUUUCCACCGCCGUUCUGUCCAUCACGGCUAAAGCAAAGAAGAAGGAAAAGGAGAAGAAGGAGAAGGAAGAGGAAAAGAUGGAAGUGGAAACACAGGCAGAGGCCGAGAAAGAGAAGAAGGACGAGGAGAAAGAGAAGGAGAAAGAGAAGGAGAAAGAGAAGGAGAAAGAAAAAGAAAAGAAAAAAGAGCCGGAGCCAAACUUCCAGAUGUUGGAGAACCCAGCCCGUGUCAUGGCCGCCCAGCUCAAGGUCCUCACCAUGCCUGACAGCUGCAGAUACCAGCCCUUCAAGCCUUUGCACACGGGUGGCAUCAUCAUCUUGAAAGACACCAGUGAGGAAGAGGAGGAGCUCGUGGAGCCCGUGUCCGCUCAUGGCCCUAAGAUCGAGGAGGAAGAACAGGAGCCCGAGGCCCCAGAACCCUUUGAGUACAUAGAUGAGUGAGAUAUGACACCUUACAGGUGGUGUUAUGAAUGUUGCGUGUUCGCAGCAUGCACCGCUACAUGUCUACUCAAAAUGCCCACCUCUUUUCCUUUUUUACGUUGUUUCCUCCACUUGGCCUGUCGUGGCCACUUGAGGGAUGUUUUACAUGAUGGUUUUCAGUCAUUACAAUAAAAUAUAUAUAUGUUGA